UGGUAGCACUGAUUGCAUUUUUUGCCCAAAUUAGUGAUCCGAAAAUUGGUGGCACUUAUAUGACAUUAUUAAAUACAGUUAACAAUCUAGGUCUUAAUCUAUCAUCAACAAUUACUUUGUUUGUCGCUCAAUAUUUAACAUGGAAAACGUGCACUGAUGGUCAGUCUUGCAACAAGAAAGAAGAUGAAAACUUGUGCACUGUAGCUGGUAAGAAAUGUCAAAUAACAACUAGUCCUUAUUAUAUUGAAGUUUUGGUUUGUUCGCUACUUGGAGCCCUAUGGUUAUUAAUAUGCUAUCGUACAGUGAUUCGCUUACAAUAUCUACCAAGAGACAAAUGGCAUCUGACACCAAAACCUGCUCAACCAUCAGCCAGUAGUGAAGAAAGCGAUGACAUUUUAGCGGCUGACAAUCAUGAACAAAGUUUAUCUAGAUGA